GUUAGACUGUGCCCCCUCCCCAGUGUAACUGGGAAAAGAAUUAAAAAAAAAAUUACCAGGUGCAACUCGGUUCCCAUCGUCCAUGUUAACGAGCUGUUCAAAAGAACCAGUUUGUUCGCGAACGCCACAACACUGUACGGUAAGUAGCUCAGUGAAGACGAGACAAAGGCGUUGAAUGCAUGGUGACAGUUUAGUUAGCUAAUGAUUUAGUUUUUCUACAUAUCAAAUGACGUGGAGAUCAGCACUUUUAUUAAGAAUUCUUUGCUGAAUUAAUCUCUUGGCGCGCCAGAUGAACAUCUUUACUGUCAGACGAGAUAGCUGCGCUAGGCUAGGCCGCUAGCAUCCGUUUAGCAAUGUAGGCUACGUUAGCUCGCCCUGAACCCAAGCAAGGAUCCCAAAUACCAGGCCACCCUCUCAGUUUGGGCUAGGUUCUUGUGGAAUGCAUCUGUCCAAGAAAUGUUCUGUUUUCAGAGUGGUGCUGAGUGCUCUCCUGUUGGUGGCGCUUUUGCAGCUCCUUUACUUGUCCUUCUUGUCAAAGUUUCACGGCAAACAGCAGCGGUACCGCUACUCGGAGCUCUUUGGAGCUUCUGGUCCAAGGAACAUCGAACACCCCGAGAGGAACUCACGCAAGGAGCGUCUGAGGUAUUCUCUCUCUACAGGAGGCAUCUUUGACAACAGUGGGCAGUACCGAGUGUACAAGAACCUCAUUAAAAGCGAUCAGAAUCCGACCUCCAACGUUCUGACUUUGGCUACCCAUACCACCAUCAACAACCUUCACCACAUUGAAGCUCUUGUGGAGAGGUGGCAGAACCCACUCUCUGUGGCCAUAUUUGCUCACGGCCAGGAUGUCAAGUUUGCUACAGCGUUGGUGUACGCGCUCAGCUUGCUGUGCCCCCAUGUCCAGGCCCUGGUGGACUUCCAUCUGGUCUGCCUUUCAGGGGAGAUGGCCAGCUUCCCCGAGCAGGACCACCAGCACUUUGCGGGCCUGGAUGACUGCGCUGCAGUCUUCUCCAGGCUGGAUUCCUACAGGGAUAAAUUUAAGAACUAUGCCAUCAGUGGAAACAUUUCCUACCCUAACAAUCUUCUUCGGAAUGUGGCCCGGGGGGCUGCGGAGUCCUCGUACAUCCUGGUGAUGGACAUGGACAUGAUGCCCAGCGCUGACCUGCACCGGGACUUCCUGGCCAUGGUCUUGAGACACGAGCCCGCACCCGAUCAGGUGUUCGUCUUGCCCGCCUUUGAGAUCCGCCACGCCAGGAAGAUGCCCGCCACCAAGGCCGAGCUGGUGCAGCUCUACCAGGUGGGCGAGGUGCGGCCGUUUUAUGAAGAGCUGUGCCCCCGCUGCCAAGCCCCCACGAACUACUCGCGGUGGAUCAACGGCCACGUGCGAGGUGGCGAUGCCCUGGAGGUGGCCUACACGCUCACCUGGACCGAUCCUUGGGAGCCGUUCUACAUCGGCUUGCGCGGCGUUCCGCUGUACGACGAGAACUUCAAACAGUACGGCUUCAACCGAAUCAGCCAGGCCUGUGAGCUCCACGUGGCCGGGUACCGCUUCUCCGUGCUGAACUCGGCCUUCCUGGUCCACCGCGGCUUCAAGAUCCAGGGCGAGUUCCACGCCAGGAAGGAGGAGGAAAACAAACGUAACCGGCUUCUCUUUCGCAGCUUCAAAGAAGCUCUGAAGAGCAAAUAUCCAUCUUCGAGCAGGAGAUGCUGAAAACAUCCACUUCACCGGACCGCAUUUCAGGCAGUGACCCCAACGGCCACCAGAUGGCAGCAGGCGCCUUGAGGUUGACUUGAGGCCCAUUGACCGCCCAUGUCAUGUGCUACAACGUUGGCCCCGCCCCGUUAGCAGAGACUCAAAUGACUGACACAGGACUAAAUGCAUUUCUGGUCACUGCUAGCAUGACUAAAUUAGAGAUCUUCACCGUUUUUGUCAGCCUGCCUCGUUAGCGUUAACGUGUAGCAUAUGUAGCACCUGAGCCAUUGUUGUCAUUUCUGCACAGUAUUUAUUGUUAAGUCUUUUGGUUAUUUAUAUUACAUUGCACUGAUUUCUAUUUAUUUGGACUUUGUACUGUUCUUAAUAAAGCAGGAGGACAAAUUUGAA